UUGUACAAAUGUUGUAAAAAUGCCCCUGAUUGUGCCUUUACGCAGGCUAGCAAAGGCAAUUGCGCAAGAGGAAAGAAGUAUAAUUUGUACUUCAAAAUUUCAUAUCGAAUGGCGACAUUACUGGGGAAGUUUUAUUUUAAUACUUGGCGAGUUUUACCAUUUAAACACCAAUAUCGUUUGGGAUUAUAUAAGAAAGAGGUUGAAUGUUUGAUUUUGAAAAGCCAGAAAGCAUUCUAUGCCAAUGUUAUUGCCCGAAAUGAAGAAGAAAGACGGAUAGCUGAAAAGAUUAAAUCAAAUCUCAAUGCUUCAAAAAUUGAAGUAGAAGACAUAUCAGGUGGCUGUGGUUCCAUGUACAGAAUAUUAGUGGAGUCGUCAGAAUUUGAGGGAAAGCGCACCAUACAACAACACAGAAUUAUAAAUGAUGACUGUAGCAUGUUGUACAAUCCGCUGGCCAAGCUUGUUCACCUAACAGCAGGAGCAGAAGAAACCAGAUCCUCUUGUCCAUUGUGCGAGCUUUCAAAGUCUUAUCUGCGAGGGAAAAACGAUGAUUUUCAAUAAUUGUAUAUCGUUCGGGUGUUCAUAAUGA